ACGUAUCGAACGCCUUGUUGCCGAUGCCUGCUUGCUCCGUGCUUCGGAAGUUUAUUGAGUAUUGUUGUGUUCGCGUCGGUAUCGGCCACUUAUCCGUACACUGCUAUUCGUUAUGAAUUCAGUGCUGUGUUUAGUGAUCAAAUAACAAUGCAACCACUCACCAGUUAAGUGCAGUGCUGUGAAUUUGUGUGUGUGCCGCUAAGAUGACCGAGAAAAACAAAUCGGAAAAGAUGACUAAUUCAUCGAAACCAGUUCCUAUGAAACUUUUUGCAGCCUGGGAAGUGGACAGGACGCCUUCCAACUGCAUUCCCAGGCUGUGCACUCUCCGCGUAACGAGGCUUCGAGUAUGUGGGGCGCUAGGCGAAGCAGGCGGCGGCGCAGCGGGCGGCGCUGGCGCAGGCGCGGUGAUCCUCGCUGCACGCAUGCACAGCAGCAAGCGCACGCUGCGAUCCAACGACAUCGCCAUCCCGCCGCUCGACGUGGAGCUGGACCUCUGCUUCUCACUCCAGUACCCGCACUUUGUCAAGCGCGAUGGGAACAGACUGCAAAUAAUGCUGCAGAGGCGCAAGAAAUACAAGAACCGCACCAUCCUCGGAUACAAGACCUUGGCCGAGGGAGUCAUUCGUAUGGAUCAGGUUCUCCAAAGGUCAAUGGACAUGGAGCUGGAGUUGACGGGAGUUGGUGGCAAGGGAGGGGCCGCGGCAGGGCAGCCUGUCGCCAGACUGUCCAUCACCGGACUUGCUUCCACGCCAGUAGACCAUGACACCAAGAACAACAACACCCUGCUUAUUACUGAACGCGGCUACUCGGAUGAGGAAGAGGAAGGAGAGUUCAGCUCGGUUGAGGAAGCUGAUGAGAUGACGUACGGCGCGCCCGCACGGCGCCGCGCGCACCGCCAGCUGGCGUUCAACAAGGCAGACCUGUCCUACACCAAGCUAUCCCGUUCUCGCGACCUCAGCUACGUGGAGCGCGAGCGAGAGAGAGAGCGCACGAGACAGAACUAUAUGCGCGCUAAGCACGAGCGAGACAGCGAUAGUGAGCUGGAACAGGCCGCCACUAAGCGUAAAGGCAGCCGCGGCAAGCUCGCGCAACGCAACCUGAAGCAGAAGUUCGCGGCACUCCUGCGCAGGUUCCGCGUGCCCGAAGAGCUGUCGGAGCGCGGUGCCGCCAGAGAUACGCACCAUGCACAACGAGACAUUGAUGAGCUGUUCCAGGAGUUGGAAUCCCUCUCGUGCGGGGAAGGCGAGGACUCAGGACCAGACCAGAUGGACACGAUCAGCAUCGGCUCCACGCCCAAACCCUCGCUACGGCCCUUCUUCAGCAGCUCCAGGAGUCUCGCCAACCAGGAGCACCACAGGCAUUCCAAUGUGACUCGACACGCGAGCCUCGCCAGCGCCAGCGAGCUGAGCGCGGCGCGGGACCGACACCUCGCCACCGUACCGCUUACAGAAUCUGAGGCGAUCAGGAGCUCGGCUGGCGACGAGCACGGAAGCGAAGGCAACAGCGACGGUGACGUCACAGCAGAUGCCCCCGUCUCAGGAGCCUCAGUAUCUAGCUCACCACCCAAUGAUACUAAGGUGAGGAAGGAAGACAAGCGUUCUCGCCUGUUUCGUAGCGCGACCAGCGGCGGCAACCUAACUCCUGGCGCCGUCAGCCGCAAGAAGAACUCGCUCGUCAACGUCGGCGAUCGCCCCCUGUCGGCGCACGAGUUGCCGGCGCAAAGUCCCACUACCAUGGAGCCACGUCGCACAAUGAUGGAGCAGAUAGCGCGACUGCUGGGCGAAGAGGGUCCGAUCCCGGAGUGCAUCGCUUUAGCCCCGGCCGGCGCCGCGGCCAGCGCUUUUCACGCGCUCGGAGUCCCUUGCAUCGUCGUGCCUUCGCCCCACGCACCUGAUGCCCGACCACUGCUGCAAGCACUUUAUUCCAAGACAACUAAGAUAAGCAACCGGCGGUCGUGCGUGCGCGUGGCCAUCUGCGGCGGCGACUCCGCGUCGGCGGCGGCGCUGCGCGCGCAUGCCGAGCUGGCCGCGCGCCGCCCGCACGACGCGCCGCCCAUACGGUUCUACAUCAUACCCUACGGCCCGAACACAGUGGCGCGCUACCUAGCAGCCAGCGACUCGGGCUACGCCCUCCUGUUCACGGGCGACGCGUGGCCCGCCCUCUGCGAGCGAGCCGCCGACUGCUGCAUGCAGGAUGUGCAAGAGAUGUCUUCCAGAAUCGCUAGGUACCUGAACACGAUCGGCCCGGUGAACAACGUGCCCAUCGGUGAAGCCAUGGUGGCUUACCGCGAGAAGUCUGGCGAUGAGGACGCCAGCCAGACCUUCGUACCUUUCAUUGCUGAGGUGCGCGUUGGCUGCAGCGAGGGCGGAGUUUCAUCCCUAGAAUUAGAGGAGGGCUCCCCGCCGGCGCGGCCGUCUCCGCCCGCCACGCCGGCGCCGCAGCCCGAGCUGGCGCCGCCGCCGCUUCUGGCGCGCUCCGAGCCUCUCGAGCUGCAGCUCGACUACUGGCUGGUGCCAGGCCGCCAGCCGGAGUGCGCGGACAGCAAGGUGACAGUGAAGGCAUCGUUCCGCGCGCUACACGUGACGCGGCAGAACGCACACCUCUGCAUCACUUACCUCACCAAGGAGAAGAAGCAGAAGAUAAUGCGGCUGGGUAAGAAGAAGGAGAAGACCGGUGAAGCAGAGGUCGGACGCACGCAGACCGUGGACGGAGUGGCACGGCUUAUCUGCUCCGCUAAAGGCAGCCAUAACACGCCACUCAAAGUAUACAUCGACGGCACAGAAUGGAACGGCGUGAAAUUCUUCCAACUGUCGACGCAAUGGCAGACGCACGUGAAGACCUUCCCAGUGGCCACUUGCGGCGCCCCACUCGCCCCACCAGAGACCUAGAAACGACCGAAAAAAUGUACCGGUAAUGUGUACCUUAGCUUCAUUACUCCGGUGUUCCGGUAUUGCUUAGCGUCUCCGUAUUGGAUAGGGCUCGCUCGGCGGGCCUUCGUGCAGAGAGUGUGGCGACGCACCCUCGUCAAACUGCGAACAGCAGCCUUCUUAAAAAGUUUUACACGACGACAAUGAGCGUCGAGUUUUACACACCGACUGUAAGUGUGGAAAGUUUUACACACCCACUAAAAAUGUGGAGAGUUUUACACACCGACUAAAAGUGUGGAAAGUUUUACACACCGACUAAAAGUGUGGAAAGUUUAAUUAACACACUGACUGUGAGUGUGGAAAGUUUAACACACCCACUAUAAGUAUGGAUAGUAUAACACACUGACUAAAAGUGUGGAAAAUUUUACACACAUGCAAUGAGCGUGGAAAAUUUUGUACGCUGAGAAUGAAAGGUGAUUUUUUCUACAACGACAAUGACCGUUCAGUCGCCAUCUUGAAUUUUACAGCCAGUUGUUCGCUGUAUGAAAUGAGGCUAUCUUUUUUUUUUAAAUCCGUCUAUUAAAGAUGUGUGUAAUUCUUUUUUCAAAUGUAAUAGAAUGAAUUGCUGUUCGCGUCUGUUUUUUUUUUAAUUUACAAUAUUUAUUAUACGCUGCCAUGAUUUUAUUAGCGCAUAGAUAGCUUUUAUUAUGUACCUUGGUUAGAGUACUAUUUCAGCUAUUAGCUUCAUACUAUUAUAGACAAUUCAAGCUACAUAAUAAAAGCUCAAGUAACGUUAACUAUAUCAUCAUAGUCAUUCAUGUUUAGGUGUAUGUAAUAUGUAUUUGUCGUCUUAGCUCGUGUAUUCAACGUAUAUCGAGAUAUAAUGGUUCGUGACAUUUCCAGUUUGUAUGUAAGAUAGUUCGUACCUAUCGGUGUAUAGAUAUACCGAUUUUUUUUUUCACAAAAUUAGUCGGCACAUAUCAGUGUAGGGUCGCGGUAGAGCGGUUUUUUAAUCUGUGAUUCGUAAAUGCAGUUUUUUUAAGGCAAAGGAGAUUGUUGCUGACGUUUUUUUUUUCUUUUUUUUUAAUUGAGCGGUAGUUUUUCUGCGUGGUCUUGAUUUUGUUAAGCUUUAUUUCAUGAAAAUAUAUUCCAAAAUUAAAUAAUAAUCUAGCUUCCAAUUUUCUAAUGAAAUUGUUUCCGCUGUUAGUAAAGUACAUUUGAUUUCGACAGUAAUGUUUUAUAAAUAUUUUCGAUAGUUCAUUAUGCCAAAAACAAAAAAAAAGUGUCUAUAGUAGCAUUUUUCUAGUUUAAAUGUAGAGUCCGCGCCAUCAAACAAGUCCCGCGGAUUUCGGUGGAACUAAAUGACAAGUCAUAAUAAAUCUAUGCAGAUACUGCGACGCAAGAGCCGUGGCCGCGGGACUUCAUUUACGGCGCGGACUCUAUAUAUUAUAUUGAUCAAGUAUGUCUAAAACAAGUAUUUUAUCAUUUUAAUGAGCUUCUAUAUAAAAUUAAAUCCGUAUAGGACGCCAAUUUAUAAUCCCGCUAUCCUAAAAAACAGGGAUUGCCAUAUGUUUUUUUUUUAUGAAGCGCAGUAAAUUUUUUUUCCCCUCAAAUUAUUUUAUUCAUAUACAAAAGCUCGAGUAGUAAGUAUAUAUGAGCUAGAAAACAUUUUGUAUAUCUAAAAACGUGUAAGAGAGAGAGAAAAAAUAAAAAAGUAUAUUACUAAAUAAAAAUAAUAUAAAUCCAAUCCCAAAAAAUAAUCUUUAACGUCCUUUGCUGAAAGCUUAACACUUUAUACCCUUUUUAAUAUAGGUAGGGGUUACUCAAAUAGACUUUAACAUCAACGAAAUUAAUUUCGAUAUGAGAUUUGAUAAGUGGCUCCAUCUAACGUGCCCAUUCGAAAUUUAUUCCGAGCCACUUCUUCGACAUUUGAUUUUAUUUCGACUCAGGGUUAUUGCCUAAGCGAAAUAGGAGAAUAUUGGUAUUAUUUUCACAUCUUUUUUUAAUUUUAUUGACUCAUCAGUGCUCACUAGAAAGAAACAUAAAGAGAGAGGGAGAGAGAAAUAAAAAAAAACUAAUAAGUAUUCUGACAAUAUUAAAAAAAAACAAAAAAAAAAUUGAAAAUAUCUACUUCAACUCUCAAAUUUUAUCGUCUUGACUAGUCAGUACAUCAUUCUUCAACACUAGAAUAUUAAAUUUGUCAGUUGGUCAGUUUAUCGUGUAACAAUAAUAAAAAAGCAAAAAAUAAUUAAUAAUAAAAUAAUCCCUUCUCCCAUUUUCCUUAGCCAGUAACCCCCCUUCUCAGAGAAGUUAUACACGAGAGUUGUGUUUAGGCUAGCUUUACAUUACAUAUUUUCUGCCACUUUUUGCGAAGGUAAAGUAUACAUGUACAAAAAUCAAUGUCUAAGACCAAACGCAUAACAAAACAAAACCAUGACAUAAAUAACAAAACACGAACGCAUCGGUCAUGUACUUCGGCAGAGAGCAAAGCGUGUGCUUGGCAACUCCCGUUAAUAAUUUCUCUGAGAAACUCCUAACAUCUUUGGGGCAUCUUAAGUCGACAGGCGCGCACCAUAGACUGUCGUAUGAUAUCAUAGGAUAACUAUUGUACUCUCAACUUACAAUAUGUCUACUCUAGGAUAGUUAUAUGUGUUACUCGGUUAAAUAAGUGGCUGUGCGAAUAAUGUAGGUAGACUACGCUCACGAAAGGAGUCCCGUGGAUUUAAAUGAAACUAAAUGACAAGUCAUAAUAAUUCCAUGAAGAUACUGGUGAUAACUCCUGUACACACCAUCUAAUUUUAUUUUAAGUUAUACCUCUCAUUUUCUUAUCCGCUGAAAAAGUAAGGGACGGGUAAGCGACAGGCGUAAAAUUUAAGGAACAUAUCUCAAUUUUAGGUAGAAAUCUAAAACAACCCUUUUAAAUUUUUGUAUCGGCUAAUAACCCGACAGAAUUAACUUGACAGCACACAUCAAACGGGUUGCAUACGAGCGAGAUACGUAUUUGAUUCGCCCGGUUCAUUAAUUCAUUUUAAAAUUAACAGCCGUCAAUCAUGCGUCCCUUUCCUUUUCGGCUUAUAAGAAAAUGACGGGUAUAAUUUAAAAUAAAAUUAGAUGGUGUCUGCUGGAAUUAGCUUCAAUGCGACACUAACGCUGUUUCCGCGGGAUUUCUUUCGAAGCGCGGACUCGUCACACUUCGACCUUCUUACACGUUGGACAUCUACUGAAAAAAAAUAACAUGACAAAUAGCAACAAGCUCGACAUGUCCUGUUGGCAAAAGUCACUCAACCAUUUGAAAAAAAAAACAAAUUUGAAAAAUAGAAAAGAAACAAUGCGUCACUUAUCAAUUCAUGUGUGUAUGCGGUCAAGGAAUAAAAUUUUAGUUACUUAUACAUACAUAAACUCACGUAAUCCUAAUGGGGUGUACAGAGCAGAGCAGAGUAAUCAGAGACAUACGAAGUCCUAAGUUAUGAUCGUUAUUAAUGAUUGUCCAUCAUGCUAGAAAGGACACAAUCCGUCGGAUUGUACGUAAUGGCCGGGAAAACAUGCAGCUGAACGUGUUCUAUGAUUUUAAUUCACUUCCAGUUCAGCAUAGAAGCUUAAAAUCCCAGUUUUUUCAACUUAUCAUACCUAGUUGGAAUUGCUCACAGACAUAAACCCAGGAACUUUAUUGUCACAAGUUAGAUGUCCUAAUGUCAGUUGGCCUAAAGUGUUGCCGUAGGAAAUCGACUCUGCUCGUUAGUAUUAUUUUAUAUAAUAAUAAUAGCAACAUUGGACACAUUCGUUGUGCCGUUGUUACCAUUUUGAUCGAAUAAUGAAUUGUAACUUUUCUUUUGCCGACUUUUGUUUUUGAGAUAUUUGUUUUUUUUAACCUAACUAGAGUCGAAAUCCAUCGGCCAUUCAUUAAGCAAGGCCUUCCAAAUAUUUUUACAAAUAACAUCACCUAUUCAUAGUAAAUGAUGUGCCAAAGUCCACAUUAUAUACUCACGUUAGUAUGCUAUGGUACCUAGUACAUUAUGUACUCGGCUCAGAAUGAACUUUUUGUAUCGGGCCUAACUUAUAGUUGCCCAGCUAAGUUAUAACUGUUAUAUGGUAGUUUAAACUAGGGCUUAGAAAAAUGUAUGGAAGGCCUGCGAGUACCUACGCAAAUGUUUGUACGCAGGGUGACUGUUUAACAUUAUAUUACCUGAAGGAACGUUCUAGAAUAGUGCGUAUUUGGUUGGUCACAAACUUAAUCUAAUUUGUAUUUGACAGCUCUUAAACUAGCGCCAUAUUUUAUUUACCAUAAGAACUAGAAAGAAAUAGCUAGAAUUCGUUUAGUCCUGUCAAAUUAAGUCAAAAUGUAGUUGGUGGUUACCAACGGCACUAUUGUCAGCAUUGUCCCGUAUGAAAUAACUGAAAAAUACUCUCUACUAUGUCAGUUUUAUGCCGAUAGUAUAGAAUAAGGAAUAAUACUUCGCAUAGAACGGCAACUCUCCGCUCCCCACUAGCGGCUGAGCUAGGUUUACCUCACACCCCCUCGGUCUUACGUUAGUCUCCAAUCGUAUGGGCGUCAGAUGUUUUACGCACAAAUGCGCGGGUUACCGCGGGUACGACGCCAAUGUGUAGUGUCUCUGUAAAACAAGGUAUUUUGUAGGAAGUGUCCGGGAUGAGGCAAUAGAUACAAAAUUAUCUUUAGUCCUAAAACUGCAAUCUUGAUAGAAAACGUCUUUAAUGGCAACACAUACAGCCCUGUGUUGCCGUUUGAUAAGAGUAGAUUUUUUUAUACCAGUUUUAUUGGUCUUUAAUUUUUAAUUAUUUCUGCUAGUAUGAAUGACAAUGUACUUUUAGGUAAUAUAUUGAGGAAUCAGCAACCCUGUACAUCUCACAAAUAAUAUAAUUGGACAAUAGUCGCGUAAUUCGUGUACGCUUUUUCGAAGUAAUAAAUUUUUAUAUCGUAGAUAUGCUGUUAGACGUAAGAUAUGUUAACAUAGUCCAGUUGGUAUAUUUCAAUGUUCCGCUUAACCUGGUAACCAUUUUGAAAAUAAUUAGCAACCAUUUUAUGGCUGAAUCUAAAUGGUAUUCAAUAUUCAUAUAACCCUUUCUAAUGUUAAUAUACCUACCUACCUAAUAAUAAUUAUAUUAAAUAUUGGGAUUCCUUGAUGGCUUGAAACUGAGAGAUAUAAAAAACUGAAAAACGAAUUUGAAUCUAAAAUUGCAACUCUAGAAUUCUUGGGAGUUGAAAUUGGUAUCUUAGAAUGUGAGUAUCUGAUUCAGUUUCAGUCAUUCUUGUGAUAAUCAAUGUUUAUCAACUGGUACUUAGAGAUGUAUAUUAUAAAGUUCUGCUAUAUGGACAUAGGAAUGUAAAAAGUGUAUCCAAAAGGAAUGGAAAACCAAAUUGAUAAGCUCCAUAGUCUGACAGUAAGGUAGUUGGUAAGUGUCAAAAACUAUACGUUGAAAAUAGACACAAAUUGACAGCCAAAUGUGAAAACUGAAUAGAAAUUCGUUGAAACAUUAAUUAGUUACAGCGCCAUCUAGGAGUAAGAAGAAAAUUGCAACAGGAACACGUGACUAGUGGCAACUACCCUAUUUCUUGGUGGGAUUUUCGUUUUAUAUUCCUAUGUCAACAAUAUCAUUGUAUUUCAAACUAAACCUAUUCAAUGCAUACUAAACAUAUAUUAUAUAAUUAUAUCUAGUCUUGUCAUGGAAACUUCUUUUUGUAUUAAAUGCUUUGUGUUGAAAGUGAUGGAACGGCACAAAAAUAAUAAUAGUUAAAAAUAGUCUGUGUAAAGUUGUUGUUGGUACGGUCUGGUUGUACGAAAGUUAGGAAUAGGGUUGAAAUAAUGCUUUAUGUAUGGUAAUGUUUAAUCUAAACACAAAAGUAUUCAUGUUUAUGUCAUUAUUUUAAAUAAAUUAUGAGAAGCAGAGCUAUUGAAUAAGGGGUGAGUUACUACUACUCAGUUGCAUUGAUUGGCAGGAAUAUCUAGAUGAACGAUGAAAAAAAAUGAAUAACUAGGUGACGAAAUAUUCACCCCAAAAUGAUAUAAAUGUGUACCCUACGAAAUCUGUAGUGUGGGAUAGCAAUUAAAACAAAAAGAAGCUCAAAUCCCGCGUCUAGAGGCCUAGCCGACCGCAUGUUUCAAUUUAUUACAAAAAUGUAUUGGAUUAGGUUCCAAGGUUACGAUUACGAUGUAUUAAUAAAUUUUGUUUAUAUGAUUUGAUCUCAUAGCUUCUGACUGGUUGCUUCGGCAAUUAUUCAAUUAAAUUGUAUUAUUUUGGCAAAUAAAAUGCCAUUAUCGGAAAUAUUAUAUUUUAAUUUGUAAUGUUAUUUUUGUAAAAUAUUAAUUUGUCUAUCAUGAAUCAUCACAAGAUGUUGUGACCAUUAAAAUGGCCAAACAAACUUAUGAAUUCAUUUAGAAUAAAUAAAGAAGGUUCUUUUUAAGUUAAAUAAUUUAGUACAAAAAUAUAUUACUUUUAUUUU